UCCAAGAUCUACUGAAAGUCAAAAUUCUCAUUUCGCAUUUAAUGCAGAGACACGCGCUUCAAAAAAAUCGCUGGAUAUACACAGGCAGUCAUGGAAAGUGUUCUUUAGUGCCGGAUAUGAAAAUAUUGGAUGGGCUUGCGAAAAACUGGAACAUUGUUUGUUGUUCACCUGCGCUAUAUAUCACCGUAUAUUAUUUACAUGAUUCUGACGUCCUUGCAUGCAGUUGUAAAGCUUCGGGACCAUUUAAUAAGGUAUUCGAUGAAUGAACAAAAGGACAGAAAACUCUUAUUUCCAGAUAUAACAAGACAGGAUGCGGAGCGCGAUUUUCCAGGAUUGUUAAAAUAUGUACUUAAUUAUGGGUAUUUUAAAUUUGGUUGUGAAAUUACUUUGAUUGGAUUGGUGUCAACAAUUGCUCACAGGCGAGAUCUUCUUGCCUUGACUUAUUUAAUAUGGCUAGUUCUUUUAUUGAGCCUUAGUCGGUUUCGUUGUGCACGUAUUUGGGAAAUUUUACAGAUUUAUUUUGUUUUAUCUAUUUUUGUUCAAUAUGUAUACCUCCUAACGUUUACUCGAAACCUUUGCAAAGUAUAUUCGUAUAAGUCGCUUUGGAGCACAUCGGAUUCUAAAUACUAUAAAAAUAGGUCAAAUAUUAUGUUUGACUAUAUAGUUCUCUUGUUAAUUUCACGGCAGCGAAAAUCGUUCAGGGUAGAGAUGAGGCAUAUAAAUGAUUUAUCUUACCAAGGUGGCGUUAAUACUAACGUUGUAAACAAUAUAGCAAAGUUGGGCCAUGUGUAUUUUGAAAACCCAACUCACGAUUUUUGUUCUUACGUACGUAACUAUGCGGAUGUUUUCAAAACUGCAAUAUUUUUCAGUUUCUUUUGGAUAACUCUCGCUAUUGUAUUUCUCGGCGGCGUUUGUAGUACAGACAUUCUUUCUUUAGGCUACAUUAUAUUUGCUUUGAUCUUUUUAUUGCAGGGCUCCGAAAUAUACCUGCAAAAUAUUCACUUUAUUAUUUGCCGUUGGAACUGUCUAAUUGCCUUUAAUGUUUUAAAUAUUAUGGUUAAAGUUGCCAUUAGUGUUCUUGAAGGUACAAUAGUAAUUGAAAAGAACUCUAUAUUAAGUAUUGUUUUUAAUGUCAUGCAUCAAACGGCACCGUGUGAAAACGUUAAUGACAACAAAAUAUCUGAAAUUAAUGAGAUAAGAAAGAAAAAUCUGAAGUACUGCUAUGGCCCAAGCAAUAUGAUUUUUAGGAAUACUUCAGUCUGGCAUGUGAUUAUUUUUUCUUUUGCUAUUUUUCAACAUCGAAUUUUUCGAUCAUAUUAUUUUUGUCACGUAAUUAUGGAUACGCAAGCUAAUACUAUUCUUGCUUCCAG